AUGGCUGCUUCUUCUUCUUCCUCUUCUGAUCCCCUUCCUGCUUCUUCUCCUUCGCAAGUGCCUUUCUCUCCCCCUUCCUCCAUUCUUGUCGUGGGCUCCGGUGUCUUUGGCCUGACCACCGCCCUCGCUCUCGCCCGUCGAGAUGCCUUCUCUCAUUGCUCCAUAACCGUGGUCGACAGAUCAGACCCCUCUCAACCAGGGGCUUUCCCUUCACCCGACGCUGCGAGCGUCGACACCAGCCGAAUCAUCAGGGCCGACUACGCUGAUUCAGCAUACACCUCACUCGGCGACGAGGCCCUGGUGCAAUGGCGUAAGCGGGACCAGCCCACGGAUCCGGGCGCGCAGGGCCGCUAUCGUGAAUCUGGCUUGCUUUUGGUAGCCGACGCUGCGCCACCUGCGCCAGAUACGGGCUCCGCCGGCGAGGGUGUGAAACCUAAGCUGACGGGCUUGGACUACGCUCGCCUCAGCUGGGCCAACGUCCUGUCGCUGGCUUCUAAAUACCCCGAUCUCGCCAACCGUGUUCGGGAGCUCCCCGACCCAGAAGCCAUCCGAGAGGUUUUGGGAACUCGAGGCACUUCUGGAUCAUGGGGCUACAUCAACAACAGCAGCGGCUGGGGCAACGCGGCCGCCGCCAUGGCGUGGCUCUACGACCAGGCCAAGCAGACCGGCCGUAUCAACUUCGUCCCCGGCACGGUCGUCUCCUUGGAACACAACACGACCAGCGUCACAGGCGCCCGUCUCGCAGACGGCGGUAUCCUAUCCGCAGAACUCGUUGUCGUUGCAGCCGGUGCGUGGACCGGCGGUUUAGUCGACCUAGCCGGACAGGCCAUCGCCACGGGUCAGGUCCUCGGCUACCUUGAGAUCACCGAGGGAGAGCAACAGGCGCUCGCCAACAUGCCCGUUAUCCUCAACCUGUCCACAGGACUCUUCAUCAUCCCACCGACCGACCGCGUUCUCAAAGUCGCCCGCCACGCCACCGGCUACAUCAACCCGAUAACCCUCACAACACCGCCGUUACCUCUCUCUCCAAACACACCACCGCCAACGACGCCCAUCACAGUCUCCCUCCCCCGAACAAGCCUCACCCACCCCUCCACCACCAUCCCCGCCUCCGCAGCCGCCGACCUCCGCAGCGCGCUACGGGAUAUGCUCCCGGAGCCUCCGUCGCUGCACACCCGUCCCUUCAUCAAAACCCGCCUCUGCUGGUACUCAGACACCCCGGACGCCGAUUUCCUCAUCGACUAUCACCCGCACUGGCGUGGACUCUUCGUGGCCACGGGUGACAGCGGUCACGCCUUCAAGUUCCUACCUGUCAUCGGCGACAAGAUUGCCGACUGCAUCGCGGGUAACUGCCCGGUUGAGUUUCGUGGCAAGUGGGAGUGGAAGGUUAAGGACUCGGUCACCGCAGCAGCGUGGGCAGCAGCAGCGUUUACGGAGGAUGGAACAAGAGGAGAGGGUGCUCGGGGAGUGGUUUUGGAUGAGGCGCUAGGUGAGGAAGGGCAGAAGUCAUGA